AUGCGUUUCUGUCUAUUUGCUCUUGUCGCCCUCUCCCUGGGGGUGAAUGCAAUGCCUCAUGCGCCGCAGGUAGUGAAGAAGUCCACUUCAGUGGGAGGUCAAAAGCCAUUCUCAUUCCCACUCGCAAACGGCUUUCCCAAUAUCGCUCAAGACUCGGAUGCUCUGACAGAAAUCGAGAAACAAGCACAUGGCACACUGCCCAAUGGAGCAUCACCUGCCGAAAUCGCAGACAACUCAGUUGCCGUAUGGCAGCUAAUUGCCUUCAAUGAGCUUUUUGAAGUAGCAUACUUUAGCAAUCUCAUUGACAACAUCACGGACGGCAUUUCUGGAUAUGAACUUGCCAGCCCUGCUGCACGGAAUGUUAUCACUACCGCAUUAGAAGCAGUCAGAGCACAGGAAGAAGUGCAUGCGCUCGGAGCAAAUGGCAUUCUCCAGGCGGCUGGACGUGACCCAAUCAGUCCCUGCGAAUAUAUAUUUCCCGUCGACAAUCUCGAUUCCGCCAUCAAUUUCGCAUCAGUCUUUACCGAUAUUGUCCUUGGAACUCUUCAAGAGGCUUUAAAAGUCUUUGGGUCUGAUGGGGAUGCAGUAUUCCUUGGGUUGGUUGGCUCUGUCAUUGGCCAAGAAGGUGAACAGAAUGGCUUUUAUCGAACCGUUGACAAGUCCGCCUUGCCACCGUCCACUCAGCCAUUACUCACCGCGUCAUCGGGCCCUUUCUUGCUAUCUGCGCUGUAUCAAACGGUCAUAGUGCCUGGCUCUUGCCCUGAUAGUCUACCCAUUCCCGUUUUUGGGGCUUUGAAUGUCGACACAAGCUAUCCCAAGGCACAGACACAGGAGCUGGAGUUCAGUUUCUAUACGAAUGAGACAACUGUCAGUACUGAGGGCCUGAGCCUGGUAUACAUCAACGGGCAGAAUACUCCAGUGGUUGAAAAGCUUUCUAAUGUCCACCUUGUUGAUGAUUAUGUUCAUUUCACCUCACCGUUCCCCUACCAGGAAUAUGUGAUGGGCGGAUUGACCAUUGCCGCUGUCACUAAUAGUGUUGGACCAUUUUCAGAUGCUAGUGACGUUGCUGCUGCAACUUUGUACGGACCCGGAAUUAUUGAACUUGCUUAG